UUCUGGACAAGCACAUUCCUUUAACCAGUUGGAGUCAGUAAAGCAAAUGGAAGACUGGACAGUGAAUCUGAACUUUCUCCGGGCACCUGGGUGCUCCCCGCAGGUUCUGCCUGGGAAAGGCGGCUCCCUCUCUGCUGGGAAAGGUUUCACUUUCGAGAUUGCAGCAAAUUUGCCGCCCGUCCUGAUGAACACACGGCUGGAUUGGGACUGACGACAACAGGGACGGUCAGCUGUCCUCAGAGUACACACAGGGCGGAAUCAUGAACUGGAGUCUGCUGUGUCAUAUCUCCUGCUUUUUGGGACUGUUGCCCUUUUGGAUACAGUGUACGUCUUCUGCCAACAGAUGUGCUGUUUGGCAUGAAGUAGCUGACUGCAGUCAUCUGAAGUUGACUCAGAUACCCGAUGACCUCCCAGCAAACAUAACAGUGCUAAAUCUAACCCAUAAUCAACUCAGAAAAUUACCACCUGCCAAUUUUACAAGAUACAGUCAACUUACUAUCUUGGAUGCAGGAUUUAACUCCAUUUCAAAACUGGAGUCAGAAUUGUGCCAAAAACUUCCCUUGUUGGAAAUUUUGAACCUCCAACACAAUGAGCUAUCUCAACUUUCUGACAAAACCUUUAUCUUCUGCCGAAAUUUGACUGAACUCCAUCUUAGGUACAACUUAAUCCAUAAAAUUCAAAAUAAUCCCUUUAAAGACCUGAAGAAUUUAAUCAAAUUAGAUUUAUCUCACAAUGGCUUAUCAUCUACUAAAUUAGGAACUCAACUCCAACUGGAAAAUCUCCAAGAGCUUUUAUUAUCAAAUAAUAAAAUUCAUGUACUAAAACGUGAAGAACUUGAUUUCCUUGGCAAUUCUUCUUUAAAAAAAUUAGAGUUGUCUUCAAAUCAAAUUAAAGAGUUUUCUCCAGGGUGUUUCCAUGCAAUUGGAAAAUUAUUUGGUCUCUCUCUGAACAAUGUCCAACUGGGCCCCAGUCUCACUGAGAACCUUUGUCAGGAAUUGUCAAACACAAGCAUUCAGACUCUCUCCCUGAGCGGCACCCAGCUGUACAGAACAAGCAACACGACUUUCGCUGGACUAAAGCAGACGAACCUCACCAUGCUUGAUCUUUCCUAUAAUGGCUUAAAUGCGAUCGGCAAUGAUUCCUUUGCGUGGCUUCCACAUCUAGAAUAUCUCUUCCUGGAGUAUAAUAACAUAGUACAUUUGUCUUCUCGCUCCUUCUAUGGGCUUUUCAACGUGAGAUACCUGAAUUUGAGACGCUCUUUUACUAAACAAAGCAAUUCCCUUGCUUUGUUUCCCAAGAUUGAUGAUUUUGCCUUUCAGUGGCUAACAUGUUUGGAGCAUCUUAACAUGGACGAUAACAACUUUCCAGGCAUAAAAAGCAAUAUGUUCACGGGACUCACACAGCUGCGAUAUUUAAGUCUAUCCAACUCCUUCACCAGUUUGCAAACUUUAACAAAUAAAACAUUUGUAUCACUUGCUCAUUCUCCUUUACUAAUGCUCAACCUAACAAAAAAUAAGAUCUCAAAAAUAGAGAGGGGUGCUUUUUCUUGGUUGGGCCACCUAAAGGUACUUGACCUCGGCAUUAAUGACAUUGGGCAGGAACUCACAGGCCAGGAAUGGAGAGGUCUAGAAAACAUUGUUGAAAUCUACCUUUCCUACAACAAAUACCUGCAACUGACUAGCAGCUCUUUUGCCCUGGUUCCAAGCCUUCAGCAACUGAUGCUCCGAAGGGUGGCCCUUAAAAACCUGGAUAGCUCCCCUUCACCUUUUCGCCCUCUUGCCAAUAUGACCAUCCUCGAUCUAAGCAACAACAACAUAGCCAACAUCAAUGAUGAACUGUUGGAGGGUCUGGACAGACUGGAAAUUCUUGAUUUGCAGCAUAACAACUUAGCCCGGCUCUGGAAACAAGCAAAUCCUGGUGGUCCUGUUAAUUUUCUAAAGGGUCUUUCUCACCUCCACAUCCUUAAUUUAGAGUCUAACGGCUUUGAUGAGAUCCCAGCAGAAGUCUUCAAGGACUUGCUUCAGUUAAAGAGCAUCAAUUUAGGGUUGAAUAAUUUAAACAUACUUCCACCAUCCAUCUUUGACAAUCAGGCAUCUCUAAAGUCGUUGAACCUUCAGAAGAAUCUCAUCACAUCAGUUGAGAAGGAUGUUUUUGGGCCAGCUUUCAGGAACCUGAGUAAUUUAGAUAUGCGCUUUAAUCCGUUUGAUUGCACGUGUGAAAGUAUUGCCUGGUUUGUUACCUGGCUCAAUGCUACCCAUACCAAUAUCUCUGAACUAUCAAGCCAUUACCUCUGCAAUACCCCGCCUCAAUAUCAUGGUUUUCCAGUGAUGCUUUUUGAUAUAUCACCCUGCAAAGACAGUGCCCCCUUCAAACUCCUUUUCAUGAUAAAUACCAGUAUAUUAUUGAGUUUUAUUUUUAUUGUACUGUUCAUCCAUUUUGAAGGCUGGAGGAUAUCCUUCUACUGGAAUGUUUUAGUGCAUCGAGCUCUUGGUUUCAAAGAAAUGGAUAGACAGCCAGAGCAGUUUGACUAUGCGGCGUAUAUAAUUCAUGCCUAUGAAGAUAGGGACUGGGUCUGGGAGAACUUCUCCCCAAUGGAAGAACAAGAUCAAACUCUCAGAUUUUGUCUGGAAGAAAGGGACUUCCAGGCAGGUGUCCUUGAACUUGAAGCAAUUGUUAAUAGCAUCAAAAGGAGCAGAAAAACCAUUUUUGUUGUAACACAACAUCUAUUAAAAGAUCCAUUAUGCAAAAGAUUCAAGGUGCACCAAGCAGUUCAAAAAGCUAUUGAACAAAACCUAGAUUCCAUUAUCUUGAUCUUUCUUGAGGAGAUUCCAGAUUAUAAACUGAACCAUGCACUCUGCUUGCGAAGAGGAAUGUUUAAAUCUCACUGCAUCUUGAACUGGCCAGUUCAGAAAGAACGGAAAAAUGCCUUUCAUCACACGUUGCAAGUAGCACUUGGGUCCAGAAAUUCAGUACAUUAGAUUUAUUUAAAAAUUAAACAAAGGAAUAACUUUCCUAAUUUAAAAAAAGUUUCAUGGUAAAUUUAAGUUUUACUUGGAAACAGUGUAAAUCUGUUUGUUUAUAUUUUAUAGGUGAGAGUAUUAGAUCACAGUUAUCUCUCUUCUAUGGAAAUAUAUCUCCUUAUUUCAGACUUUUUAUAACCAAUUGACUUAAUUUGACCCAAAAGAAACAUAUAGGAAUAUUCCCUAUUAAUGAAUAUACAUAAUUGGUUACUGAGGCCAAUGAAAACUUAAGAAAGUUUAAAAAUAUUCCUCAUUUAAGUAAGGUAAGAGUUAUGUGAGGGUUUGUAAUAGUUAUAUUUGGGUUUUUUAUGUACUCAGAAUAAAAAAUAAUUGUUUUAAUGGGCA